CACGAGUCCAAAAAAAAAGCAGAGACUGUACAGCGAGUGCUGCCGACCAGCAGUAGCUGUGUGAUAGCAUACAUGCUGGCAUACCUGAUAUACAGCUGGCUUAUCAGUCUUCAACACAAGCUUAGUGUGUCGGUUCUCUGCAAGCAGCUGCCGAGCCGCCGUUCUCUCCUCCCGCCUCGGGAUGACAGUCUUCAAACUAGUAGUGAUUUUUACAGCGGAAGGGGCAACCCAACACGUCUGCUCGCGCAGGCCGGAGAAAGCUGGGGAAAUGAGCAUAUCCUUUUUCUGCGAAAACGCCUUCAGAGCGCUACUGUCAUCGAUGAUGUACAGCGUAGGCUCUCCGUGGAAAAGCUUGUACAGUGCUCUCCGUGGAGCCGUGGAGCCGCUCACCGGUGUCGAGGCAGUAGACCUCGGGGUCUGAAAACACUCAUGGCCUCCGCUGGUACUACUUCAGCCACGAAUGAAGAAUCCAGAAUGUCUGUGUUGCUGAAUGAGCUGUCGACAGACAUUCAAAAAGUGACUCAGGACAAACAGAACGAUGGUGAAGAGCGCGAAACUUGGCAAGGUCGAUUUGACUUCAUCAUUUCAUGCAUAGGGUACUGCGUAGGUCUUGGUAAUGUGUGGAAAUUUCCAUACCUUUGCUACAAGAAUGGAGGAGGCGCAUUUCUCAUCCCUUACGUCACUACAGUCAUCCUAGCAGGAAUGCCUAUGUACUUCCUUGAGCUGGCAUUGGGCCAGUUCUAUCGCAAAGGGGCUCUUGGCAUCUGGAGUAGAAUGCCUGCCUUCAAAGGUGUGGGUUUCUCGUUCAUUGUUAUCACAUGUUGGUUGAACAUGUACUACACUGUCAUUAUGGCAUGGUCUUUGUGGUACAUGUUCCAUUCAUUUCGUUUGACCUUACCCUGGGUAACCUGUGACAAUUCGUGGAAUACAGACGCGUGCCUGGCCAGCUUUGCUGAUCGUCCUUCAGCUUGUGUAAAUAUUACGUCAAGGAUCAACGCUUCCGACUCUUACAAGACAUCGUUUGGAAACGCGACAGGUGCUUGUGUCAAUGGAUCGGCUAGGAAUUCGUCUGUUCAGUAUGAGUCCCCGGAAAUACAAUUUUGGUUUCGCUACACAUUGUGGCAGAGCUCCAGUAUUAGUGAACCCGGUCUGGUACACUGGAAAAUGGCACUGUUGCUGUUACUUGUUUGGAUUAUCUGCUACUUUUGCAUUUGGAAAGGUAUCAAAUGGAGCGGAAAGAUAAUUUACCUGACAGCCUUGCUGCCAUAUGCACUCAUGUUGGUUCUCCUUGUUCGUGGAGCCACACUACCAGGUGCUGGGGAAGGAAUUAAAUUUUACCUGUAUCCCCAACUCCAUAGAUUGGCCGAUUCCCAGGUGUGGGUGGACGCCGCGUCUCAGGUGUUCUAUUCCACCGGUGUGGGAUUUGGCGCAGUGAUCGUCAUGGGUAGUUACAACAAGAGGAGCCAUAACAUGCACAAGUCUGCUAUCGUGGUGGCAACUAUUAACAGUUGCACCAGCAUAACAGUGGGCUUCGCCAUCUUUUGCAUCCUAGGAUUUAUGGCACACACCCUGGGGACCUCAGUUGCUGACGUGAGUGCGUCAGGUCCUGGGCUGGCUUUUAUUGUUUAUCCAUCUGCCCUGUCUCAACUACCCGCGGCUCCGAUCUGGGCUAGUUUAUUCUUCAUCAUGCUCUUUGUGGUGGGGUUAGACACACAGUUUUGCAUGAUGGAAGGUUUCUUCGCGUCAAUUAUCGAUGAAUUCCCAAAGAUGCUCAGGAGACGCCGCAAGAUGUUUAUUGCAGUUACCUGUCUGUUGUCUUACUUAGUGGGAUUGAGCAUAGUUACUCAGGGAGGAAUCUAUGUCUUCCAGCUGUUUGAUUGGUAUGCUGGGUCACGAAUCUGUCUCUUGUUUGUGGUGUUCUUUGAAAGCGUCGCAGUAGGUUGGUUUUACGGCGCAGAGAGGUUUUACCAAAACAUCGAACAGAUGAUUGGUUUCAGACCCAGCCCAAUCUUCAAAUAUUGCUGGAUCGUGACAACACCUUUAAUUUGCGCCGGCGUCUUCCUGUUUAGCUUGGUGGGGUACAAAGCAGUGACUUACCAGGGGAAGGGAUACCCUAACUGGGCGGAGAUCGUGGGCUGGUUGCUUACAUUGUCGUCCACUUUGUGCAUACCUGCAGGAAUGAUCAUCCAGCUGAUCAAGGCUGAAGGACCCUUGCGAAUGAGAAUUAGGACCUCCUUCUUUCCUCCUGACAUCAGUGAAGAUGACAUUCCGGAAAAGGUGCCGUUUGAUAUAAACUAACUGGACAUGCAGUAACUUGUGGAUAAGGUAUGAAUAUACAACAUCAUUGCUGGCAUAAUCAUACCGCCCUAUAGCAUUGAAUGGACAUCAUAGGAUGGUGCAAUGUAGAACUUUCAUGCAUUAAUCGUCUGUUUUACAGUCGAUCGCCUUCAAUUAUUACUUUUUCUAUUAUUUUAUCUGGUGUUGCAUGUCGAUUUUUCGCUUUGCUAUUAGAGAAAUCCUUCAUAUUCCUAGGUGCAUAUUUACUGCCACAAUUCUUAAGGUAAUUACUAGUAUAUUGUCGUUAAGAAUCAUAGAAAGACUUAUGUAUGCUUAAAAUUGUCAUUAUGUUUCCAUUAUUGAUAUGAGCAUGUUUUACUACUUUUGAAGCCAUUUCCUCAGUAGUAGGUAAGACUUAAUGACUUUGUUAAGACUGAAAUAGUCAGCAAUAUGUGUUCUUCUAAAGUAAGCUCACAUCGAGCAAGUUGUUCACUAUAUGUCAUAUAUUUGUCUGAAUCCACCACUUUCACUUUUGCGGCAGAAGGCUUUUAACUGUACUUGUUUCUGACACGGUGCCCUUUUAUGUAAUACACUGAUCAAUUUGGGCAACCAAAUAAGAAUGUGUAGACCUAAUGAGACAACCACUAAUGAUAAUGCACAAAGAAAUGGGACAUAUCCGAAGGAAAUAUAACAGGAAAUAAACACAUUUAACGUAUAAAGGAACAGUCGUAAGUACUCAGUGCUAUGUGGCACAGUUCCAUCAUUGCUAGUGUAGUCCAGUGUGUGCUAAUACUUCUGGUAAGAAGAUACUGUUUAGUUUUAAAGUUUUGUUGAUAUAUUUGAAAUGUAUUAUUCUGACCGCUCAUACCUCUAGGGGACGUGUAUUGGGAAAACAAUACUUUCAGAAUGCUGGUUUAUUUUUAAUUUGUU